AUGUCAACAACAGAGAACACAACAACUGCUAUCGUCCAUGAAGAUAUAAAUGAAGAAUACGAGUACAUACAGUUUAACAAACAACUCCGUCUCAUUCGUUCGGUCAAAGACGAUAUGUACCAAAUGCAAAGUAUUUUGACAGCAUGUGCUACACCAGAUACUAAGAAACCACAAGACUGGUUUGAAUUAAAUAGCACUCAUGAACUCCUCAGUGAGUUUGAACAUGUAGAACUUAAAAAGAUGUACCAAGACAGACAAAACUUACCAUCACAUCUAAAAGGUAUAUAUGUUCAUAAGUUCCUAGUUAGUUCAAUAGCAAUGUGGGCUUCGCCUCGCUAUGCAUGGUAUGUUUGUAAACUUCUUGACGAACUUUGUACAAAGCAGAGAGAAGAUAUGAUGAAAGAAGACAAAAGCAUACAGAAAAGAAUACCACGCUCGGUACCAAAAGGAAAGGAAAAGAGUUAUAAGUAUAUGAUAUAUACUGAAGAGUUGGAGAAAGAAGAAGAUAAAGAUAUGGUUAUGUUGCAUUUAGUCAGAAGAAACAACAAAAGCUUUUAUGACUUAGCUAAAAUAUAUAAAUCUGACAGAAACUGGUUCUAUCGUGAAAACUUACCGAUUUCAAUGACACCGAAUGAGCAAAUAAAGGAAAUUGUCAAAAAUACUCUUCCUCAAACACACUAUGACAUCAAAGGUUGCACAAUACUUACAUUCAAAGAAGACUUAACAUUACUGAAGGAAAAAAUAACAGAAUAUUUCGAUAACUUCAAAGAGGAAGAAUAA